UCCGUCCCCCCGCCCACAACAAUCGUUCCGCCCGGCCCAGGAGAGCCAAUGCAUUGCUCGUCACGUCACCUGCAGGAAGAGUUGGGACGUGGACCGGCUGCUGCCACCAAUGUCGUGCAGAGAACACUGCGGUAAACUGAAAUAUCAAAAAAUAAAUCCAUCCCCAUUUCCCAGGAUGUCAGUAAACUUGGAAAAUACCGGAAGUAUUAAAGGAGAACUUCACACUGAUUCAAAGAAAAAUGAAAAACCUGAAAGGCCGUGCCUACAAGUCGACGAACAAGGAGGCUCUGAUUUUUUUAAGGAUUUGAUACUGGCUUCCCAGACAGUGUUAGAAACAGUCCAACAAAAGGGGCGAUCAAAAUGUCCAAAGUGCCAGAGUUCGAGGAUGUUUUAUUGUUAUUCAUGUUUCCUUCUGGUUGAUGGUGUCAACGCUGAUAAAAUACCUCAGGUUAAGCUCCCUCUGAAGAUUGAUAUUAUCAAACAUCCCAAUGAGACUGAUGGCAAAAGUACUGCUGUACAUGCAAAACUGUUGGCCCAAGAUGAUGUUAAUAUUUACACAUAUCCAUGCAUGCCGGAGUACAAGGAUAUAAGCAAUGAAGUUGCAGUGGUGUUCCCUGGUCCAAAGUCUAUUGCUCUUGAUGAUCUUCCAAAGUACUUAUCGACCAUUGCUGGCAAGAAACCUCAACCAACAAAAUCUUCCAAAAAUGCCCUCAGUCAUGAGAACAUUACAUGCGAAGGUCCAGAACUUAAACGUGCAAAAUACGACCAUAAACAUCAACAGAGUUUGGAUGAAGAGAAUCCAGUAAAAGAGCAGAAUGUUGGAGAGAUGGAGACACAUCCGACCCCAUUAAAACGAGUGAUAUUUAUAGAUAGUACAUGGAAUCAAACAAACAAAAUAAUCACUGAUGAACGUCUACAAGAAUUGCUUCACGUUGAGCUAAGAUCACAAAAGACACAUUUUUGGCGAAAGCAGAAAGGAAAACCAGACACCUAUCUCGCUACAAUCGAGGCCAUUUACUAUUUUCUAGCUGAUUAUCACAGACUGUUUUUAAAAGAGAACUACAAUGGCGAAUAUGACAAUCUACUUUUUUUCUAUUCGUUUAUGCACAAAUUAAUCAACAAAGCUAAAGAUGCAGCUGGCAAACUAAACUAAGGAAUUAUUGGGAAAGUGGUGAUCUUUCUGUCAAUUGACAUUUCAGAGAAUUUAUAGAUACCAUUUUCAAGCAUUUCAUAGCAAUUUUUAGAACCAACAGUCAGUUGAAAUGUAUUUCUCUGAAUAUUAAAUUGUAAAUUCAUUAUUUU